AUGAAAAUGGAGCCGUGGACUUCCCCGGCGAGCCUUAGCACGGGGAAGGUGCUGGGAGGGAGCGGAAAGGGUCCCGCCGCCACUCUACCUGGUUGCGUUGGAGAGCUUCCAUGGUGCCUAGCGCCCCAAAGAGUGACGCAAGUCCCUGAUGGAGGAGUCGCCAAGGGAUGGGAAGCCCAGUGGCAGGAAUUCUUGAAGGCUCUGGAUUCCCCUCAGUUGGCAUGGGGGAACCCAGAGCUGAGAGACCCUGGGCCCUGGGACAACACCCAGGCUUUUCUGGCCUCUUUCGAGCAUGUGGCCAAAGCCUGCCGGUGGCCCAGAGAAGAGUGGGCGGCCUGGCUACUGCCGGCGUUGAGUGGAGAAGCCAAACAGGCCUUUGAUGGCCUGGAAGCCAGAGACAGAGGGGAUUAUGGGAAGGUGAAGGCCGCCAUCUUGCGAGGGGAAGCCAUCCAAACGGAGGCCCAGCGCCAGCACUUCCGGCAGUUCUGCUACAGGGAAACGGAAGAUCCGCGUAGGAUUUACAGUGAACUCCAGGAGCUUUGCCGGCAGUGCUGGGUCCGGGAAUGCGGCCCGGAGAACGGCAUCGAGACGACGGCCCUGGUGGAAGCUUUCCUGAUGAGCCAGCAAGAGGCUGAUGUGUGGAAAUGGCAGGUGCCGUCAAAAGGUGCGAUUUGGAAUCCACUGGACCUUGGGAAGAGAGCGUUGGACACGGAGGCCAAGGAGAGGGAUGAUAAAGACGUUGGAUCGCUAGAUGGUAGACUAAUUUCCUCUGAUCAUUCCACAUCAUUGAUUCCCCCUGAGGAACAGGAAUUGGUCAAACCGGGGCCAACGGAGAUGGCAGACUGUUCGUCUAGUCUUACUGGUCGGCUGGCAUCCGUUUGUCAAGCUAUUAAUAAGUUGCCUGGGUCGCCACAGGAGGAUGAAGGCUCCGUGGACUUUGAGCUGGCUGUGCAUUUCACGGAGGGGGAACAGGCCUCGUUCGAUCCAAGUCAAAGAGCGCUCCGCAGGGAAAUCCUGCAAGAUAACUAUGGGAAUGGGUCAUCUCCGGCAGUAGAGGAGAUCAAAGAGGAGAUUCUUCUGUGGAACAUCCCUGAGACGGUUGUGCCCCAUGAGAUGUACCCGGAAAGAUCCCACGUUGAUAUUUCGAUGGAACCUGAGAUCUGCAAAGGAGGCGGUGAUUUGGAGCGGCUUCAGGGGAGGAAGCCGAUGCAGAGGCGGCGCGGGGCUGUUCAGCUUGCGGAAGGGUUGAGGACCUUCCACAAACGUCUGCCCCACGACAGCGAGAGGAAGCAUCCGUGCCUCCAGUGUGGAAAAACGUUCCAGUACCAAUCCCAGCUCAACAAACACCAGAUAAUCCACACAGGCUUGAAGCCCUACGGAUGCGCCGUCUGUGGGAAAAGCUUCCAAAGAAAAGACAACCUUCUGGCACAUCAGAGAACCCACACAGGAGAGAAGCCACACGGCUGCCUGGAAUGCGGGAAAAGCUUCCAAAGAAAAGACAACCUUCUGGCACAUCAGAAAACCCACACAGGAGAGAAGCCACACGGCUGCCUGGAAUGCGGGAAAAGCUUCCAAAGAAAAGACAACCUUCUGGCACAUCAGAAAACCCACACAAGAGAGAAGCCACACGGCUGCCUGGAAUGCGGGAAAAGCUUCUGCAACAGAGUCAAGUUCCUGAGACAUCGGAGGAUCCACGCUGGGGAGAAUCCUUAUGAAUGCCCAUGGUGCAGGAAGAGUUUCUGUCGGAAAAGCAGUCUUGUUGCACAUCAGAGAAUCCACACGGGGGAGAGACUGCAUGCAUGCUCAGAAUGCGGGAAACGCUUCAGUGAGAAAGCCAAAUUGAGAAGACAUCAGAGAGUCCACACAGGAGAGAAACCUUACUCCUGUCCCAGGUGUGGGAAAAGCUUUAAUCAGAGGGAGACCUUGAUGAAACAUCAGAGAGUCCACACGGGAGAGAAACCUUACGAGUGUCUGGAGUGCGGGGAAUGCUUUGGCCAGAAAGUGACACUGCUUAGACAUCGGAGAAUUCACAUGGGAGAAAACAGUUAA